AUGAAUAUACUUACUAAUUUUAGAUUGACCUCACCAUGUAUUGGGAACCCAAUCAAUAUACAUAAGAAUAAAGUAGUCUUUUCGAUAUCGUUAAUGAAUAAAAGGUUUAUAUCAACGUUGAAAGGAAAACAACAAGAUAAAAUCAACGAAAACUGCAAUAAAGCUGCAGAACAAUCCACUUCAAAUGCAACAAUAGCGAAUAAUAUAUCGAAUACUAACAAAAUAAUGGUUAAAAAUCGCAUAACAAAUAACUUAGCAUCAAAAGAGAACAAAAAAUACACAUUAGUACCCAAAGUACCUACCACAGAAUAUAUAUCCAUAUCCGACAUUGAGACGGAAGGUUUAUUUGCAGGAUAUAGGCCAUUAUUUCUAGGAAAAUCUACAUUACAAGGAUCUGAAUACUUUUCAAAAUAUGAUACAAAUUCUAUGUCAUCUUCUUUGGCAAAUUCUAAAUUGGUGGAUAUAAUAACUUCUUCAUUGAAGAAUCCCGAAAAAGCUUCUCAAUUAUAUCAACUUUUAUCGGAGAUUAAAGAUAACGAUUAUGAUGAAUCAGAUGAAAAGGAAAUCAGCCACUCUGCAAGAAAGACCCCUAUAGUUCCUUGGGAUGCAUCCAUAGGAGGUAUGUUAUACACAGACGACCCAUUUAGAAAUGUUCCAAAAAUGAUCGUAUCGAAAUUAAAACCCUUUGAACCAUUAACAGAAGAUAAUGUCAAACAGGAGACUACUGAUGCAACAAAUUCUAUGAUAGUGAUGAAAGUUCAUAAUCCAAGAAUAAAUGACGAUUUAGAGAUGGUAAAUUUAUUUGAUAAAGAUUCAACUGAUAAAAAAUUGUUUUAUCGGAAAUAUAAUAACGAUGGAACAAACUCGAGCACAUCGAGAUUAGAUAUUAAAAAGAUUGCUAAGCAGAGGAAAAUCUUUAAUACCGAACACAAAAAAAUGGCUUAUGACCAAAAAUUUAUCAAUGAUGACCAACAUAUAUUGAGGGCAGAGAUAAAAUCCUUAUUGAACUAUUUAUCCAAUGUCUUUUACGAACAAAGUGGUCUAACCGUCUAUGCUGACUCAAAGCCAUGCUUACUCCCUCUUAACACUUACGUUCAAUUAACAAAGUCUUCCGGAAGAACCAACAGAUUGUUCCUGAGAAAGACGAUUAUUGAUCAAAUCUUCCCAAUUUAUAAUACCAUCUUAGCUUCUCAUGAAUCAGCAGCAGAUAUCGCCAAGUUUAAAACAUUAAUAAUGUCAAAAAUCAAUACAAUUGUUAAAAAAUUGACGCAAACAAUACCGUCUAUAUGUUUCACGGAUUCAACUAAAUCGAUUGAUUGCCUAAUUAGAUUAAGUCCAGUACCUGGUUUUAAAAGAAUGUACUGGUUGAAACCAACCAAGAGACAUUACACCUUCUGGGGUCAUAAUUCGGAUAAACAAUAUUCACUUAGAUUGAAGAACAAUGAAUAUAUUACUCGAAACGGUGUUAAACAUAUGAAAUACCCAAAUUAUAUAAAUUGGCGAACUGUUGGUGAUGCCUUUGAUAAUUGGGAUUAUUUUACAAGAUUAUAA